UCCGAAUUCGACCAUUGCUUGUAGUAGUGCCAUUAAUGGCGACCCAUUGCAACCCGUGCUUCAGGAAAUAACAAGCUGGACUAGAUUUUUGGUCAAAGAAAGGUGAAAUUCCUUUCACCAUUUUUUAAUAUUCCGAUCCUCGUUUUUUUUUUUUUUUUUUAAUUUUACCCAAAAGCCAAAUGAAGGAUCAUCUGGCCUGUAGAAAGCUUCAAAGGUGGUUUGCACUUGCUUUGAUUCUGACUCGUGACAGUUUACGAGUUUGUAGGCAACGUUGAACGUGCAUUGGAUGCAUAGUUUUUAGGCACAUAAGCACAUACCACUAAAAAAAUUAUACCACGACAUUAUUGUCUGAACCUAAACAUUGAGAAAUUACUUGAAGGGAACUUGCCUUAGUGAAGAAGUAUGAGUUAUAGUCGGGAAUCACAUAGACGAAUUUCCCGUUCCAAAUCUCCUCAACUUCACCACCACAGCAAUGGAAAACACAAUGGCCAUGACAACAAAAAAUCUAACCAUUAUGCCCAUGAGAAACUACGACAUAGUUUGAGCCAUGAUAGUGAUAGAGACCACCACCGAGUCGAUUUGAAAAAAAGAAGCUAUUCUGAUAAUACCUCUGACAGAGAAGGUACAGACAGAGAUCGAGAGAAAAGGCACCGAAGAAGUCGAGACAAAGAACAUCACAAGGGCCAACACAGGUCUAGAAAACGUUCCCGCAGCAGUGAGAGUAGAUGGGAUCGUGAGGUCAGAGGAGAACGUGACAGGGAUAGAUAUCGCGAUGAUGAAAUGGACAGUGAUAGUGACAGAAGUCCUAAUAGCGCAAUCAUUGGUGCCAGUGGAACAGAGAUCAUCGGGCAUAAGAGUCAACCUCCAAACAAAACGAUUAUGAUAAGAGGUCUCGCUCACCACAUCACAGAGAAUGAUGUUAGACAAAAUAUAAUUCAGGCCGGGUUAAUGCCCAGAGAUAUCAGAUUGAUCAGAAAAAAAGAUACAGGUGCGUCGCGUGGUUUUGCCUUUGUCGAGUUUGCAACACUGAAUGAAGCAGUUCGUUGGAUGGAGAUGAAACAGGGUAUUUUGAUGCUUCAAGACAACUAUAGAGCAAUAAUGCAGUACAGUAUACCCAAAGAUCCUUUUCCACUUGAAAAACCCAUGAUGCAUAAGGCAAUUGCUGAUUGGUUUUGUAUCAAGUGUGGAGCGCAAAACUUUAAGAGGAGGGACAAUUGCUUCAAAUGCCAUGCAUCGAGACUGGAAUCUGAAGAAGGCGGUAGCGGUAGUGAUGAAACGUGUACCUAUACAACAAAAACAAUUAUGCUAAGGAAUUUAGAUGCCCUAACCACAGAAGAUUCAGUCUUGUCGGUUCUAGAUGUUGUUAUACCAAAUUUAGUUAAAUCAAUUUCGGGAGUUUGCAUAGGGCGAGAUCCAUUAACUUCUACGUCCAGAGGAAUUUGUUAUUUGGGGACAGAUAGCACAAUAGACGCAUUAGCUAUUUUUAGCAGCCUAAAAGCCUUACAAUUUCCUCUUCAAAUUGAUGGCAAAUCAGUUAUACUAUCCUACUGCAAAUACAACAUGGGCAACACAAAAGAGGCAUACUCUCUUGCAGACCAUGCAGCUUUUCCGAAUGCUUCUAUUCCUCAGACGUAUUCUAUCACAGAUGUGGACAAUUUAGCCGAAUAUGCUGCAAAAAGAUAUGCUAAGACUCCUGAAGAAUAUUUACACUAUAUUGAAUACUAUCAGCAAUAUUUUACAGAACAAAUCAGUGAAGGUAAUUCUAUAACCUUACAUAACGAAAAUCAAAUGGAUGCGGCAAAUGCUGCUGCUGCAGUUGCUCAUUCGGCAAUUCAGCAAUUGAAUGCUUCAAAAUCAUAUUUUGAGAACAUGCACGUGGACAUACCGACUGGCACAGGAACGAAACGUUAUCCGCCCCCAGAUAUAUCAUCGUUUGUAUAUGAUAAAGCUACUGGUCUUCAGUAUGAUCUAACUACAAACCUAUACUACGAUCCAAACUCUUCUUACUACUGGAAUAGCAUUAUACAGAAAUACUUAUUCUAUGACCACAAAAAGGCAGCAUAUGUGCAAGCUCCCACAUAUGAUAACUACACUACUUCUUAUAGUAAUAAAGUGAGCGAAAAAAGUAGUUCGACUUCUGAUGAUCUAAAAGAUAAAAGUAGUUCGGGAAGCAAUAAUCCUCCAAUAGAAAGGCAGGAUAAAGUUAAAGUUGCAAAAAAAAUUGCUAAAGAUAUGGAGAGGUGGGCAAAAACAUUAAAUUCUAGGAAAGAAUUUGCUACUGUUCGAAGUGUUCAUGAAGGGAACUCUAGUAGUAGCGCUAGUGCCGAUAUAGGAUUUUCAGUCUUGGAAAAGAAAGCUGCACUGAUUCCUACAAACCCUCCGGAAUUUAAACCAGUAGAAGAGCCUGUAGCUAAUAGUCCGGAAGUUCCAUUAGUAGCAUCAUAUGUCGGCGGAAGCGAGUCUUCAGGUGAAGAAGAUGAAGAGUCUCUACUAGAUUUCGCCAAACUUAUCUGCAACCUUUGCAAAAGGCAACUUGGCUCUUUGGAAGCAUUACAAAAACACUCUAAGCUGUCUCCUCUACAUAAGCAAAAUCUUGAGGCAAGGCAGAGCAAGAAAGCAGAACAAAUAGCCGCAAAGAUUGUCUAUCGAGAUAGAGCAAAAGAAAGAAGAAUGAAAUUUGGAGACCCGGAUGAACCUCAACCAAGUAAAUUAAAAGAGAAGUACCUGAAAUCACUGGAUAGUGAGGUGCCAACUUUAGCAGCUUCAGUAAUGGAACCGAUUGGAUCUGAAAAUGUUGGAAAUAAGCUGCUGCAAAAAAUGGGAUGGACUGAGGGACAAGGGCUUGGCAAAAGUAAUCAGGGGCGUACUACUAUUAUUCAGGCUGAAAAAUAUGGGACGUCAGUAGGUUUAGGAAACAAAGUUUUAGCUUAUACAGCUGGCGAAUCAUAUAAGGAUUGCGUUAAAAAAAUGAUGUACGCAAGAUACCAAGAAUUGACCGAGAGAGAAAAUAUUUGAAAUUUUGUGGGAAAUUCCGAUAUUUUGCUAUUUUUUUAGCUUUUUUUUUAGAAAAUUUUACAAUAAUUUAUUGUAGAUUCUCAAACUGUUCAAUCCCAAUUGAAUUUGACAAAAUGAUGUACGUAAAAUACCAAGAACUGACCAAGGGAAAAAAAUUUGUAAGAAAUUCUAAUAUUUUGAAUCUUUUUUUCUUAGCUUUUUUUUUAGUCUUACAAUAAUUAUUUGUAAUUUCGCAAAAUGAUCAAACUCAAUUAUUACUUUGCGGAAUUUAUUGUAAGAUCACAAAUUGUUGAAACCUUUUUAUUAUAUUGCGACCUAGCUGUAAGUGGAAAAUUUAGAAAAACAAUUAAAGAUUUAUUGUGCCCUGGUAUGCUGAAUACGUAAGAUACCAAGAACCAAAAGAGAAAAUAAUGGAAAUUAAUUUCGAGAGAAAUUCCGAUAUUUUAUUUCUCUUUUUGUUCUCUUUAUUUUCUUAGCUUUUUAUUAAGUUUGACACUAAUUUAUUGUAAUUUCGCAAAAAGUUCAAACUAAAUUAUUAACCUACCUACUUAGCAGAAUUUAUUGUAAUAUCACAAAUUGUUCAAACCUUUUUAUUUUAUUGCGACCCAUGUAGCUGUAAGUGGAAAAUUUGGAAACAAAGAUUUAUUGUGUUCUGGUAUUACGCAAGAUACUAAGAACUGACUGAAAGAGAAAAUAAUGGAAAUUAAUUUUGAGAUAAAAUCCAAUAUUUUUUUUUCUCUUUUUGUUCUUUUUAUUUUGUUUUAACUUUUUUGUUCGACAAUAAUUUAUUGUAAUUUCCCAAAAAGUUCAAACCUAAUUAUUUACCUACAUACUUGCGAAAUUUAUUUAGAGAUCGCAAAUUGUUCAAAUAUAUGUAUUAUAAUUGUGGAGUAGUUUUAAGGAAAAAAUAUUGUUAUACAUAAUUCUGAUAAGUAUUUAAUCUUUUUUGUUCUUUUUUCUUAGCUUUUUUUUAAGUUUUACAAUAAUUUAUUCUAAUUUCGCAAAAUGUUUUUACUUAAUUAUUACUUUUCGGAUUGGUUUGUAAAUUUUUCAAUAUUAUUUCUUAUAUUGUGGAUUAGUUUUAAGUGGAAAAUUAAAGCAAAAAAAAAUAAUUGUUGAUUUAUUGUAUCCUGGUAUGUCGAAUAGUUCAUGGAGGAGUAGAAUAAAUCAAAGGUCUUUGGUUUACC